GUAAUCAGUGCUAAAGACGUGCAAGCUGUAGAAGGCAAAAGCAUCAGUUUAGAUUGUGACGUCACACCACCUGGACAUGACAAAGUUUACAUGGUCUUUUGGUUUCAACAAGGCUCAGGAUAUCCAAUAUACAGCUUCGACGUUCGGGGCAAGCCGUUGAGCCAGGCCCGACACUGGUCCGCGCCGGAAGUGUUCGGCUCGAGGGCCUACUUCCGGACGGUGUCGGAACCGGCGCAGCUCGUCGUCGAGGACGUGCGGCGCCACGACGAGGGCGUCUACCGAUGCCGCGUCGACUUCCGGAACGCGCAGACCCGCAGCUUCCGGUAUAAUCUCACCGUUAUUGUUCCACCAGAACAACCGAGCAUCCUGGAUAAAUGGGGUCGCCAGCUGAACAACUCGGUGGGACCCCACGAGGAGGGCGACGACGUAACACUGACAUGCCGUACGGUCGGUGGCCAUCCCCAACCAACGGUGCGGUGGCUCGUCAACGGACACGUGGUAGACGACCAGUACGAGCACAACGCGGGCGAUGUCAUCGAAAACCGCCUCGUCUGGCCCUCCGUCUCGCGCAAGGACCUCGACGCCCUCUUCACCUGCCAGGCUGUCAACACCAAGCUAACCGAACCCAAGGAGACCAGCGUCGUCCUCGAGCUCAUACUAAAGCCGCUGACGGCCAGAAUCCUGAGGACCGUAAGCCCCCUGGUGGCCGACAAGCGCUACGAGGUGAGCUGCGAAUCCGCCGGAUCGAGACCGGCCGCCAUCAUCACGUGGUACAAGGGCAAACGUCAGCUCAGGAGGACCAAAGAGGAGACGAGAGAGAACGUAACAAUAAGCGAGUUGAGUUUCGUGCCGACAACCGAAGACGAUGGAAAAUCCAUAACGUGCCGCGCCGAAAAUCCCAACGUCACCGGACUCUACCAGGAAACCCAUUGGAAAAUUGACGUUGUCUACCCCCCGAUAGUGGUGCUGUGCCUGGGGAGCACCCUGAACGCCGACGACAUCAAGGAGGGCGACGAUGUGUACUUCGAGUGUCACGUGAGGGCCAAUCCUCACUGGAGGCGUUUGACUUGGCUCCACGAUGGUGUCGUGCUCAACCACAACAUGUCCGGACGCAUCAUCCACAGCAACCAGAGUUUGGUGUUGCAGAAGGUGACGAGACAGAGUGCCGGCCGAUAUCGGUGCUCCGUCGUCAAUAGCGAGGGGGAGACGGUCAGCGAUGAGCUGGUUUUUCGCGUCCAAUAUGCCCCGACCUGCAAGUACGAGAGGGUGGUGGUAGUGGGUGCAUCGCGUGGCGAAUCAGUGGACAUCGUGUGCGAAAUCGAGUCCGAUCCGCCUGCACGCUCGUACCGCUGGAAGUUCAAUAAUUCAGGCGAAACUCUAGACGUUGCGGCCGAAAGGUACGCCAAGACCUCUAACGGGACGGUGAGCGUGCUGAGGUACACCCCCGUCACCGAACUGGAUUACGGAUCGUUGUCCUGCUGGGCGCAGAACGCUGUCGGACACCAGAUCACGCCAUGUGUCUUUCAAGUCGUCGCAGCUGGCAAACCGUAUCCGGUGAAAAACUGUUCCCUGUCGAACCAAACGAGCAGUUCGGUCGAGGUGUCCUGCUUGGCUGGCUUCGACGGCGGCCUUCCUCAACAUUUCGUUCUGGAACUGUACUCCACCAAUUCAGCCGUACCCCGUUACAAUUUGACUUCGAUUGCUGAACCGUACUUUUUCCUCGACAACCUCGAGCCAGACGUUACAUUUAGAAUAAUCGUCUUCGCAAUCAAUUCGAAGGGUAAAAGCCACGGCGUCGUUUUGGAGGAGGUCACGUUCAAAGAUGCCGAAAAGCGCACCGCUACAGAUGGGGAUUUGAGUUUCUCUCCGAUACUGGGUGUAUUCCUGGGCGGUACUUUGACGGUUGUGGUUGUGGUGUUGCUGAUAAUAAUCAGGAUAAGACGCUCAAAGAGCCACAAGGAAGACAAUAUGGAGCACAAAGUUGGAGGUGGAAGCGUUCAGCCGCAGCACAACACCCUUUCUUCCACUAAACCGUUAUUAAGAAGCACAUCACCCAAGGAUGCUGACGAUCCGGAUAUCAUCCCCGCCAAAUACGGUUCUCCGGAAACAAGGACAACUGGACUGCGUACUAGCUCUAGCACAGGUGCUCACCUCUCGACAUCACCGAAUUAUGCCCAAUCGAAUGUACCCCACUGGAUUGGCGAUCAGUACCAACAAUACAAGAACCCGACAAUGGGCACAUUCCCGCGGGACUCACGACCGAAGGACCUGUACCUGGAGAACUCACCGACCAAGAAGAGUGGCGACUUGGAACUGAACGGCCUCGCCAUCAAGGAACGCCUCAUGGCCAACCGUUUGCCGGAGAGCUGCGUCUAAGCGCGAGUGUUGUUUCCGUUGUUCCUGUUGUUGUUGUUGUUCUUGUUUCCGUUGACAUUUUUGGACCGUCCACAAAAGAAAAAAGAAAAUAAAUAUGUAAACAAAACGCGCCGGCAACACUAUUUUUGAGCGUGCGAAACGAACGAACGUUUCUCUUCUUGUCUUUUACUGUCUAGGCUAAGUCGGAUGAGUUCUAGACUGAAGUAGGUGUUUUUACCAGGUAAUGUUAAGCGUUUACCGCCCUCGAUGGUGGUAUCAGUAUUUAAUCACUUGUUAACGAACAACAAACUGAACUGUCACUUCUGUGUAUAUAGUCAAAGGUAUUUGUUGAGUCAUUUGUAAAACUAGUCAGUGUAUCAUACUUGAAUUAGAUUAGGUGGUAAAGCGACAUAGAAAGGGUGGUAGUUAUGUAAAAAAGUUGUGCUUCCAUUGACAAAAAAAAAUAAACUUUUGUCGAGUCCGAAUGUGCCGCAGGGAUAAGCGAAAAUUGAACGGUGAACGAAAGUCCAGUUGAAUAGUUGAUGAAUGAAAGUGCCUUAGACGAAAAGAUUUUUUUUACGUUUUAAACAAAUUAUGGUCACGUUCUAAAUUUAUGUUGUAUUUGCGUCCGUUACUUGUGAUGUAUCCGAAUUAUUUAUCAAUUAAUUAGAUACGUUUACUUUUUUCUGGCUCGAAUCAAAGAGAUAUUUAUAUAAAAUAAUAAUAAAAAAAAACAAACAGAAUAAUCUUAAUGAUUUUUAGCCGUCUCUGUGACGAUAAACAUGACAUUGUUUACGUAUGUUAAUGCAAAAGGAAUAUAAAAUAAUUUAAAUUAGCUGCUCCUGGCCUCAUUAAAAAUAACAUAAAGAACAUUGUAAAUAACUCUUAAAAAGGAAACUAAGAAGUAUGUUUAAAAGAAGUUUAAAAGAAAUUCAUGGAAAGCAUUUCAAAAAGUGUUACGGAACGAAUCUGAAAGGACAGUGAUAAAAACAAGUUAAAAUUAUUUGCGCUACUUUUAUUACAUUUUAAUUUUUUUACUCAUGAGCUGCGCAUAAUAUUUAUGGUAGUACAAAAGAUGUACUUAUGCGUUUUUAUAGCUAGU